AUUAUUUUAUUUGAUCCCGAACAGAUGAAGAUAGUUCUUCACAGCCCAAAAACCAUUGAAAGGGAUGAGUUGCUGAGGUUCUUCUUGCCUUGGCUUGGCACGGGAUUAAUUGCAGCACCCGCAAACAAAUGGAAAGUACAUCGCAGUUAAUAAUGUCGACAUUUAAUCGCAGAGUACUAGAAAAAUUUAUUGAUGCAAUGAAUAAACAAUGUGAAAUAUUGGUAAAAAUUAUGGAACCUGAAAUCGAUAAAGAUGAAUUUGACAUAUUUAAUUACAUAUCACUUUGUACAAUUGAUAUUGUUUGCGAAACGGUAAUGGGAGUUCCUUCGAAUGAACAAAUAAAAAAAAAUUCAGCUUAUCCAGCAGCUUUUGAAAAAAUAAUGAAAAUACUUUAUCAAAGGAUGAUAGAAUUAUGGUUACAUCCUAACGUUAUUUUCAAUGCAACAAAAUUAGCAAAAGACCAGAAAGAGUGUAUUAAAUCUUUACACAAACAUACAAAUGACAUUAUAGAGAAGAAACUUGAACAGUAUUCCAAACAGAUGAAUGAAGAUGCUGUUACACAAAUCGGAUUUCAAAGAAAAGCUUUUCUAGACUCUUUUACAGAGUUGUUGCUCGAAGGAACUAAAUUAACAAUCGAGGAAUUUCGCGAAGAAGUUGAAAAUAUUAUGUUUGCUGGCUAUGAUACAACUACCACAGUUAAUUCAUUUGUUAUUCUUAUGCUCGCUAUUUUUCCAAAAAUACAAGAAAAAUGUUACGAAGAGCUUGUAGAAAUUUUUGGUGACAAAAUAAAUGGAGGCAGACAAAUAGAAAAUGAAGACUUAGACCGUAUGAAAUAUUUAGGAAGAGUAAUUAAAGAAACAAUGCGGCUAUUUCCAAUUGCGCCUCUUUUAAUCCGACAAGUAAACGGUGAUUUAGAUAUUGGAGGAGGAUAUACUCUACCAAAAGGCAGUACUGUGUUUUUAGCAAUAUGGAAACUUCAUCGCUCUGCAGAUAUCUGGGAUGAUCCGCUUUACUUUAAUCCUGAUCGAUUUUUGCCGGAGCAAGUUUCCAAACGGCAUCCGUAUGCUUAUAUUCCUUUUAGUGCUGGUCCUCGUAAUUGUAUCGGGUUGAAGUAUGCAAUGAUGAGCAUGAAAAUUCUCUUAGCUACGCUUUUACGCAAUUAUAUAUUCAUGAAAGAUAAGCAUGUUAACAUUGAAGAUAUUGAAAUUAAAGCUGAAGUUUUUUUAAAAACUAUAAAUCCUAUAACUAUCAAAAUUAAACGCAGGACAAAUACUUUUGAGUCAUAAAAUAUUAUUUAAGUAAAAAUUUAUAGAAAUCUUUAACAACAUAAAUAGAGACAGCGAUAUAAUUUAUAAAAUAAUUUUAAUACACAGAAAGAAAAAUUACUUGACUGGAGAACAAAAUUCUUGGC